UACUCAGUCUUUGUACUAGUUAUGAUUGAGUACAUUCUUUUCCGAUCCGCUAGUAUAUAGAGUUAAUUAUGUCAAGUAAAUUUUUAAGAUUCUGCAUUACUUUGUUAACCUUGUUGCAUCAUAUAAAUAGUAAAAUACUUCGUGGGACUCUCGUAACGCGUGAUAAUUGGGCCUUUCUUGCAAGAUUUUGUUUUCUCACAAAACAAGGCAUAUUUCGAUAUGAUUUAGAAAUUGAGGGUGAAAAUAGUUCGCUAAAUCUUUUACUGUAUUAUGAUGCGCCUCAUCAAUGGCCUAGUGUGUAUCCUUCAAACAAAACAUGCGAAGAAAAAGAAUCUAUUUUAAGCAUAACAAAUGGUCAGAUAGUACAAUUGUCUGCAUUGACAUCAAUCAAAUCUGGAUGUGAUGUAAAAAAUAAUUCAUCGCUACAUUGCAAUAGCUACAGAAGAUUUCAAUCAUCCAGACCAACAUGGUGGUUCAUCGUAUUAUCAGAUUGUUCUACUAAAACAGGUUUAAAUGUUACAUAUUGGAUUUCAUUAACAAAUGCACCUCCAGGUAACAUAUGGAAAGAACACUUUUCUGCGGAUGAAUUUUAUAUACUACCAGAAUUACUAAUAACAGCUUGCAUUUAUAUAGUACUUCUCAUAUUAUGUUUUUAUGUAGCUGUACAAUUACGUUCAAGAAGACUCCUACAUGUUUCAUAUAAAUUAUUUAUGGGUUCUCUUCUAUGUCAGCUAAUGGGCAUUUUAUUAGAAAUUUACAGUUAUUUUAAUCUCGCAUUGAAAGGAGUUUUUAUAACUAGUGCUUCUUUAGUGGGUCAUCUUUUAGAAGCAUGUUCAGAAACUUUAUAUACAGUGCUUAUGCUACUGUUAGCAUUCGGCUACACUAUCACUAAAAGUGCAUUAACACCUAAACAAAUUCGAUGGCUUACAUAUUUCAUUUGUCUUAGUGCAGCUUGUCAACUGGCAUUAUAUAUGUAUCAAUUUGAGAUCUUUGAUCCUGGUUUAGUCCUUUAUAUCUAUGAAUCACCACCAGGUUAUGGACUAGUAGCAUUGAAAUUGAUUGCAUGGAUUAUAUUUGUUCUUCGUUGUUUUAAAACAACUAAGAAGAUGACAAAAAAAGUCCAUUUUUAUGCAUCUCUACUUUCUUUAGGAUCAGCAUGGUUCUUAUGUCAUCCGUUGACGGUACUGUGUAUUACUGUGCUUGUAGACAAGUGGAUAAGGGAGAGUGUUGUAAGAGGAUGCUCUCUUUGGAUUGUUCUUGUGGGGCAUGCAACAUUUCUUUACGUUACACGGCCUACUAUUGCAAAUUCGCGUUUUCCAUUUCAUAUUAGAACAUGCCAAGUAGUUCCAGUUGGCGGUAAUGGACAAAAUCACAGUUAUGAGCCUCGAUUCCGAAAAGUAGUUACAGCAUUCACAAUCUCAUAAUUGUUAUUAUCUCUUCCUCUUAUUCUUAGG